AUGCCCAUCAUUCAACAAGAUACAUUCCGGGAGAUCUGCGAGGAUGACAUCUUUCAGACAUCUCGGGGACCUGUUUUGCUGCUCCUCACCAUGUCUAUGCUUACAAGGCCAUUGAUGAGCAAGGAUAGCAACGAUCAACCAGAUGCCCUGCGCGAGUCGAUGUACACGACGGUCAAACGACUCUUUUGGGAMCCAGCCACUAUCCAUGAAGCAACGACAACUAUCAUCAAAGCGGGUCUAUUUCUUUCCAUAUACGAGUAUGGGCAGGCAAUGCUCAACCCUUCCUACAUGACAAUGAACGUAUGCUCAAGCAUGGCUCAAAUCAGGCAGCUUGGAGGUGUGCAUGAUUCUCUAGGUUUGCCACCAUUUGGGGCAGAGUCUUCCAAAGGACACGAUAUUCUGAAGCUUUGGUGGGGGUUAAAAAUUCAUGAAAGAAUGAUCAGUCUGGAAAAUGGAUAUCCCAUCAAGCCAAUCAAUUUAGACCAAGCGGAGAUCAUGAACAACGACCGUCUCUCACAUGAAUUGGAGUCGGCGAAAUCGUACCUAAGUACCGAUGCGCAUUAUCUCGCGUACCACCUUCAGGCUAGAGCUGCUGUCUGGCUAGAACUAGUGUUACGAGUUGUGCGGGAUCCAGAGGUGAUGACUCCCGCUGGUCGCCAACGAUUCCAGGCGGUAGAUCGAGGGCUCUUACAAUAUCUAAUUAUUAUCAUUGGGUUGGGGAUAGGGACUUGUUGUGAGGCUAUAGCAAUUGCACUAAACGCUUUUGUUCACUUGCACAAAAGUCGACUCGCAAUGAGUAACUCUUUCCACUUUUCGGAGCAAGAUAAGCUUGAAUCUACCAGAGCGCUCGAGACCAUGCUUCGUAUACUGUCCGACUUUUUUGAUGACCAUCUUUUCAAGCAUCCGGGUUUUACAAUUGCCAACGCCACCGAUGACAGUGGGAUAUUCAGAGAGACAUUUCCAUAUUUUGUUCACAUGACAUACGUGAUAUUGCUUGAAAUGAAGGAACGCGGUCGAUUCGAUCAACUCCCUACUGUUUCAGCAAUUUCCCCAUUGGAGAAAGAGGUUGAGACACUUUGGUCUAUUUUGGAUUUCUCUGCAGCGCAUUGGCAGAUUGCACGUGAUUUCAUGUCUAUACUCAAACAACCCCGGACAUAA